UGGCAGCGAGUGAUUGCAGUCUCCAUGGCGGCGUUGCAGUGGCUCUAAUUCCGUGUCUUAAAUAUACUCCCCAAAGCGAGUGAGGGCAGAGAAACAGAAAGACAAGUGAAGGGAAGGGAAGGGAAGGGAAUUCAAGGAGGGAUCGAGGAUGAGGUAGCAGUGUUGCUACAGCCGCUGCUGCGGCCUCCCUCUCCAUCUUAUUGUUAGGGAUUGGAGGAGGCGAAAAAUUAGCAGGGAAAGCGAGCAUAACAAGAACGACAUCUUUGCUACUCAGUAGGAAUACAAGGAAAUCUCUCGAGAGGGGCGAGGAGGAGCGAUCGAUCUUGUUAUGGAUUUGAAGCUUGGUGGGUAGGAAGCAUGGCAGGGUUCUCUCUAGGUGGGGGAAACAGGCAGGGCGGAGGUGACGAAGGGAUCCCACCAGAGAGCUUAUUCCUCUACGGCAGCGGAAGCGGCGUGGGCGGCAAUAGAACCGAAGAGAUCGGCUACGGGAGAGGCUUCGAGCUAUGGCAGCAGCACCAGCAGCAAAUCCAUCGGCAACAACCUCAGCAACAGCAGCAGCAACUCUACAUUUCCUCCACCGCCGGGCUCCUCUCUUUCUCCGAUGAGCCGCUCCAACCUGGCGGAUCGAUCGAGCGCACCGUCAGCUUGAGGGACAGCGGAGGAGGGGGGAUGAGCUGCCAGGACUGCGGCAACCAGGCAAAGAAGGACUGCUCCCACAUGCGAUGCCGGACCUGCUGCAAGAGCCGGGGCUUCCAAUGCUCCACGCACGUCAAGAGCACCUGGGUCCCCGCCGCCAAGCGGCGCGAGCGCCAGCAGCAUCUCGCCGCCGCCGCCUCCUCCCUGCAGCAGCAGUCUCAGCAGCUCCGAAUCGGAGGCUCGACGAGCGGCGGCGGAGGAGAUGUUGGUGGCAGUGGAGGCGGGGAGCCCUCCAAAAGGCCACGGGAGAUGACCACCCAUCUAUCCACCGUCAUCACCACCGCAUCAUCAGGAGGGGAGGUGAGUUUCCCGGCCGAGGUGAGCUCCCCGGCAGUGUUCCGGUGCGUGCGGGUGAGCCCGUUGGACGACACCGAGGACGAGUUCGCAUACCAGACCGCGGUCAGCAUCGGUGGGCAUGUGUUCAAGGGCAUCCUCUACGACCACGGCCCGGACGUGCCGACCCCGUCGACUCCUCUCGCGCUGCACGGGGAAUCCUCGUCUUCCGCUGCCGCCGCUUCUAUCUCGACCGCAGCCGCUCUUGCCACCGGCCUGGCUGCACCUUCUAGCUCAGCUACCGCGGCGGCUUCCACCGGAUCGAUGGAUCCUUCCGCCCUCUAUCCGACGCCACUAAGCGCCUUCAUGGCCGGAACCCAGUUCUUCCCUCACCAUCCCAGACCUUAGAGAGCUAACGAGCAAGGCUAUAUAGCAUGGUAGACACUUCAGCUAGAGCUAAUAUUUUUACCUGCUUCUUUUAGAAUUUGGAGCAAUUGUUGGGUCUUAUUCUUGUUUCGAGUUUCCUACCUUGACAAUGCAGCGUCGGGAGUCAAAUCCUACUCCAUUCUAACAAAA